AAUGGGUGUGGUUCGCCCGGCUUUUUUGGGGGAAGGGUGAGGUUGUUUGGUUGUGUUUACUUGACCUAGAGUAAGGAAUACCGUUUGCUUGUUACGCGAUUGAUCAAGAGAUAUCGACACAAUGCCAGUCACAAACUUCUCCAUCCCGGAGAAGUACGAGUACCUGGUUGGGUUUGACUCUUAUCACCAAAGCGAAGCCCACCCCUGCGCCCUCCCCCUCGCCCAAAACUCCCCCCAGAAACCACCUCUCGGCUUGUACGCCGAAAAGCUCUCGGGCACAGCCUUCACCGCGCCCCGGAAUGAAAACAAGCAGACGUGGCUGUACCGCAUCCUGCCUUCGUGCGCUCACCCGCCGUUCGAGCCGGUGACUGCCCACAACGAGGCGGUGGAGACGCAGCAUGAGAAGAAGCAUUACAUCCCUAACCAACUCCGUUGGGACCCUUUUGACCAUGACGAGCACGCCGAGCAUGAUUUUGUCGAUGGGUUGAAACUGGUUGCCGGGGCGGGGGAUCCAACGCUCAAGCAAGGGAUUGGCAUUUAUGUCUAUGCUUGCGGACGGGAUAUGAAAGAGAAGGAGGCGUAUUAUUCUGCUGAUGGGGACUUGUUGUUGGUUCCGCAGGAGGGGGGGUUAGAUGUUAGGACUGAGUUUGGUAGGAUGCUGGUUAGGCCGAUGGAGAUUGCGGUUUUGCCUAGGGGGGUGAAGUACAGGGUCGAGAUUGUGGGGGAUGGCAAAAAGGCGAGGGGGUACGCGUUGGAGCUGUAUCAGGGACAUUUCCAACUUCCUGAGCUGGGACCGAUUGGAUCAAACGGUCUUGCGAAUGCGAGGGACUUUCAGGCGCCCAAGGCGGACUUUGAGGAGGAUUAUGGUGCUACGGCGCAAGAGGGAAAGAAUGAGUGGAGGAUCAAGGUCAAGUUUAAUAAUGGGCUCUAUGAGACGGUGCAGAGGCAUAGUCCGUUUGAUGUGGUGGCUUGGCAUGGGAACUACUACCCUUUCAAGUAUGAUCUUGGGAGGUUUAAUACCAUUGGGACGAUUAGCUAUGAUCAUCCCGAUCCGAGUAUUUUCACCGUGUUGACGGCGCCGAGUGAGAAGGUGGGGACGGCGGUGGCGGACUUUGUGAUUUUCCCGCCGAGGUGGUUGGUGGGGGAGGAUACGUUUAGGCCGCCGUGGUAUCAUAGGAAUACGAUGAGCGAGUUUAUGGGCUUGAUUCAGGGGGGUUAUGAUGCGAAGAAGGGCGGGAAAGGGGGGUUUGUACCCGGGGGAGCGAGUUUGCAUAAUGUUAUGAGUGGGCAUGGGCCGGAUAGGGAUAGCUAUGAGGGGGCUAGGGAGGCUGAGCUGAAGCCGCAGAAGGUUGGGGAGGGGAGCUGCGCGUUUAUGUUUGAGAGCUGUUUGAUGGUGGGCGUGACGGAGUGGGGGUUGAGGAGGUGUAGGAAGGUGCAGGGGGGGUAUAAUAAGCAUAGCUGGGAGGGGGUGGAGGUUCAUUGGAAGGGGAGGAAUAGCCAGUGAAUUGGGGAAGAGUAGAAGAGUGUAGAAGAGUGAACAGCAGAAAGUGCUUCUUGAUGUGUUUCAUCCGUCUUUGCAGCCUCUGCUAACCAUGGUCCAUGAUCAGACUGCCUGGCUUCGCUCCCGUCUUGCCCCUGUGCCAGCUGACUUGUCAGCUCUGGCCGCCUGGCUCUUUAAGUCUGGUCCGCUGACUCCUCAAUUCCGCUUCUUCCAGCAAUUCUACACUG